CGUUGAGCCUUUGAAAAGAAAUCCCACGUGGAUCCUUUACGAUGAUAGAGGAAAGGUAGCUGCAAAUCGGGGUGCAGCCACACCAGGCACGGGCAAACUUCGGCCCGCCCUCCAGGUGUUUUGGAUUUCGACUCCCACAAUUCCUAACAGCCAGUAGGAAUUCCUCCAAGCAGGAAGCAGCCAAACUUUGAAGCUGCGAGGCUAUUCAAUGCUAAUCGGUGUGACCGAUUGGAACAUUCAUACUUGCUUCAAACAGACAAGAGUUCUUUCUCCUACCCUGGGCAUUCUACAGAUAUAUAAACCCCACAUGCCUAGUUUCCAAUAAACCUCACAUCCUCUGAGGAUGCCUGCCAUAGAUGUGGGUGAAACGUCAGGAGAGAAUGCUUCUGGAACAUGGCCAUACAGCCCGAAAAACUCACAGCAACCCAGUGAUUCCUGCCAUGAAAGCCUUUGACAACACAUUCCAACACAUUCCGAUAAACAGAAGAUACCAACAUGGUUGAAAACUCUCCAGCUCCAUUGCCUGAAAGAGCUAUAUAUGGUUUUGUUCUUUACUUAGGCUCGCAGUUUGUCUUUAUUCUCUACCUUGUGUGGGCCUAUGUACCAGAGUCCUGGCUCUUUUCAUUGGGAUUAACCUACUGGCCUCAAAAGUACUGGGCUGUGGCUGUGCCUGCAUAUCUUUUAGUCAGUACAGGAAUCGGUUAUGUACUUCUCUUUGGUAUUAAUAUGAUCAGCACAGCCCCACUGAAUUCCACACAUACUAUUACAGACCACUAUGCAAAAAAUCAGAAACACAAGGAACCACAAACAGAUGCUAUCCCUGCAUUAAGAGAUAUCCCUAUCAGUGAAGUAAAUAAAAUGUUUUUCCUAACUGACCGAGAAGAUUGUCUUAGAAACUGAUGAAAGGAAAUGCUGUCUGUUUAAUAAGCACAUCCAUUUGGAAAAUAAUUCUCAGUUUUGUAAUUGAAAACAAACAUGAUGCAGUGCCAAAAUGGUUGACUUGAAAGUUUGUAAAAGUAUCUAUGGAGUAAUGGUGCAAUAUUUGAAGCAAUUUUUAAAAGGAUGAAUAUUCUCUUUGAAUAUUAUCUUUCAUUGCAGCUCAUAAUUUGCCCAUGCCGGAACUGGAGACAUCCAGAUAAAAGUUCCCAGUGAGAAAAGUAAAAGAAAUUGGAAACAUCUAAUAGGGCUGAAUGUAGAAGAAGCAAAGUCUCAUUAUGGAUUUCAAAAAUGGGUUUUAUUCCAAAAACAUUCCUGUACAUUUUAUUUAGAAUAUGUUUCAAUGGCCUUCAAAGGCUGGAAAAAAUGGUGACAAACAGCACAUUGUUAUAGACAUAAUUUACAUUGACUUCUUACAAAUUUCACAGGUAAACAUGCGUUAAAUUACCUUACACAUGAAAUUUAAAUCCCCUUCAACCAAAAAAAAUGCACAUGACAUUAAAAGGGAAAUUCAUUUAAUGUUGAAAGUUGGAACUCAUGUUCUUUAGGGCUGGGCUAUAAUAGCAAUGUGGCAUCAGAUCCUUUGCUUUAAACUUCCAACGUGCAUACAUUCUAUGUAUUACUAUUCUGCUGUUAAACUACUAUGAUUAUGAUGCCCUUGAUACACAGAAAGAAAAUCUGCUUUUUUUGAAAACUUCCUGUUGCCAUUAUAUAUUCUGCCUUGUUCUAGAAGAAAGGUGGGUUAUAAAUGGAAAUGAUACAUUGAGAGUGGAAUUAACCUCAUUGAGUUGCUAAUAUGUACUCCUGAAAAUGAAUUUUAAAUGUAUGGAUUGGUGCUAUGAGAUUAAAAAAAUUUCUCUGUGAUGCACUCCUCACACUUAAAUAGCAGUGUAUUCCUUAGAUUCAUAACUGCCAGCCAGAUUGGAUCUUGAGCCCUUUGGCAAUGUACAAUAUAGUGCAUUAAGACUGAGAAAGCAUGGCAGGAAAAAGAUUUGCUGUGCGAGUUCCAAAUUACUUCAAGGUCUCUGCAGGCUAAAGCUCCAACAGGGUAAUUCAUAUUUGUGACUAUGAGCACACAUUAAUGUAUUAAGUAGUUAUUUCGUAUUUAUGCAGGAUUUUAGCAUAAGUUGAAUUCUCUUUGCUUAUCAGGAAUUUAUUUAUUGGGAAUGGAAAUUCAGGUGCUUUAUGGUUUAUGUCAGUACUGCAAAUGUGGUGUCUGUUCCACCUGAACAGAACUGCAAUCUUUGUUUUAUAGUCAUUUUUUGUAAAUAGAGGGUGAAUCAUAUUGAAACAUUAAAUAAAAAUGUUUUCCUGGUUUAGAAGA